AUGUCGAGUCUUUGGCGAUUUCUUGUACUUAUUUACUGCUGUUCAUCGAUUACUACUGGACAACGAACGAACGAAGCCGUUCAAACUCGAGAACGCCUUCUGUGUACCUCCAAUAACUGCUUAAACGGUGGAACAUGUUAUAUGUAUCAAAUUAACUCCACGAUUUGGCCGUACUGUGAAUGCCCAAGUUUUUAUUCUGGCAGUCGAUGCGAAGAAGUUCGCCUAGGACCUCCUUGUCGUGAAAAUAUUUGUCAAAAUGGUGGAACUUGUCAUCAAACUGGUUAUGGAAAAGAUUAUGAAGUUCAGUGUUUUUGUCCUUCUGAUUAUGUUGGUGAACAAUGUCAAGAACAUAAAUACGGGUCGACAUGUUCCAGCAAUAUAUGUGAAAACGGUGGUACGUGUUAUCGAACAGGUUAUGGUAAAGAUCGAGAAUUACAUUGUAUUUGUCCGAAUAAUUAUGAAGGAGAAAGAUGUGAAAAAGUCAAGCAAAGCUGUCGUGAUCUUUGUAGCUCUUGUGGUGAAAAUGGUAACCCAAUAGUGCAAAAGCUUGAUGAAGUGAUUAUUAUUCGAUGUAAAUGUAAAACUGGUUACAUUGGUGCUUUUUGUGACAAAAAAAUUGAUGGAGAUCCUUGUGUCAGUCAACCAUGUCGAAAUCAAGGCAAAUGUUAUUCUAAUGAAAAUCGGUAUAUUUGUGUCUGCCUCAGUGGAUAUACUGGUAUCAAUUGUGAGAGUCAUCAAUAA